AAUUGAACGGUUCUGUGUUAUUAAUAAUUACAUACGUAUAAUUUAUGCGCUACAAAUCGCUGCUUGAAUUUGAUAUACCGUCUGCAAGGGUAUACAAAUGACAUGCUGUUUUCUCUUUCUAUUGACAAACGGGAUAAAAUAGUUUAAAACAGGCGCUAAAGCACACACACAUAUGCAAACGAGCAGUUUUGGCAUGCAUACAUAUGUAAACACAAAUCUAUGGCGAAUGGCAGAGUAGGACAGAAAAUCAGCAAAGGAAAACGCAAGAAAACAGCAGCACGCACUUGUAUUCUCUGCCGAGAGGACGCCAUCCCGCUCACACUCGCACUCACAGGCCAGACAACAGCUGUAUCCUCUUCGAAGCACAACACCUAUUGUCUCCCGCUUACACAUACUGAACCCUACAUUCUCUUGUGGCGCAAAAUAGCCCAUCAGAAACCACGCAAAACGGCUGGCAAGAAGAAGUUGAUCUGCGGUUGAGUAGAAAUGGAUUCUUUUGGCAGCAAGAGCGACUGCGCGUUGGAGAGUUCAGAGAUGGAGUUUUCGCAGUUACCGUGGAAAAAUAAGAAAACGAAGGACGAUGCUAUUAAACGCUGGGUGAUUUCGCAGGAGAAAUACUUCCCGCUGAGGUCGAAUGAGAUGCCCAGCUAUGAGACACUCGACAAAUCCCAAAGUGAAGAUGAGGCCCAGGAAAGUCAUUCGGAAACUUUGUCCUUUGGAGACUAUAUCAACAUAUCUUCGAAGAACUGUGUCCGCAAGCUGAGUGACCUCAAGUUUGGUGACCUCAAGUUUGGUGACCUUAAGUUUGGUGACCUCAAUUUGGGUGGCGAUCAGCCCGAGGAAACUCCUAAUAAUCAGUACAAAGGCAAUUGCAAUGUACAAAAAAUUGAUGGGGAGUCUCCCCAUAUCGGUAAGCCUGUGGAGUAUUUGUCCGCUCUUGCGGCCCCAUCGCCAUUCGACCGUCCCAAGGAGACAGACACCACUUGUACUUCCUUCUGGAUAUAAUCUCUGGGCGCUUCGCCCUGAUGGUCGCACAGGCAACACUUACUAAACUUUUCCGCUAUGGAGUCGUGUCAUUUGAAAGUAAACAUGCACAUGCAUUCACAGUAUGUAUGGCUAGUGGAUAAGCUAAAGAGACCUGUUCAAUAAAGUCUUUGUACCAAUAAGCAAAAA